AUGAGUGUUAUUUUGGAAAGAGGAUUGGAGGAAUCCCUGGAAGAUAAUGUUAUUUAUGCAAUAGCCAAGGUUUUGGAAGAAAUUGUCAAAGAGACAGACAUAAUAGAAAGUCCAAUUUAAACAGUCUUUCACACGAAUAAAAAACCUUAAAUCUCAAUAUACAAAUAUAUAGAGCGUAUUAAGAUGUACUCUUAUUGCAGCAAUGAGUGUUUCGUAUUGGCGCUGAUCUAUAUAGACAGAGUGCAGGAGAGGAACCAGGAUGUUGUUAUAAAUAGUUAUUGUGUUCAUAGGUUGAAUUUAGAUUAACUAUAUAGAUUUAUGUUGGCAUGCAUACUCAUGAGUAUAAAAUACAACGACGACGACUACUACAAGAAUGACUACUAUUCCAGAGUUGGAGGGAUUACACUCCAGGAGCUAAACGCUCUGGAAUAGGAACUAUUAACACUGUUAGAUUACUAACUAUUCGUUAGUUAAAAUCAAUACUACUAUUACAAGGAAAAAUUGAUGAAAUAUGCAUAACUAUGA